ACUUUCGGCUUUCCGAUAUUGGCAGUUCGGUCUCCUUCUCUCUUACUCUCUGGGCAAGGGCCUGAAUUUCUGCUAUAGGGAGCAAUUUCAGAGAGUUGAACUAAAUUUAUAUUUUUAAAUAUAAAUAAUGAAGUGAUAAAUAUUAUGCUAGUUUUGAAGUUAUUACCAUUGAGUUAUUGUUUAUUCAAUAUUUAUUUGAAAUUUUAAAUUAAUUAAUUUUUUUCAUGACAGAGCUAUUUUUAUAGUUUAUAUGGAUAUAAAAAUGAGUAGUGAGGUUAUAGUUGAUGCAUUGCCGUAUAUUGAUCAAGGUUAUGAUGAUCCAGGUGUCAGAGAAGCGGCUAUUGCAAUGGUUGAAGAAGAAACAAGACGUUAUAGACCAACAAAAAACUAUUUAGAAAAUAUAUCUACCUUAAAUGUUAAUAGUUUUGAAACUGAAGUUUUAAAACAUGAAUAUGAACGAUUGCAAAAUCGUCUUCCUAUGGAUGUGCUAAGUAUGAAACGCUAUGAAUUGCCUCCACCAGCUCCAGGUAAAAUGAAUGAUCUUUCCGCUUGGAAUGAAAGUGUUGAAAACAGUUGUGCACAGUUGGAGCACCAAUCUACAAGAAUAUCUAACUUAGAGCUUAUGAUGGUAUAUGGAUGUGAAGCUUGGAAGACUUAUUUAGAAGUUUUAAUGAAAUUAGUUGCAGAAGCUCAAAAACAGGUUCAAACACUAAAAAAAUGCAUUCAAGAAAUAAACUGGCAAAGAAAAUCAAUGCAGACCCAAGGAGGAGAAAAAUUAAGAUCUUUAGAAGCUGAAUGGGUGAAAUUAGUUUCAAAAAAUUAUGAGAUAGAGCAAGCUUGUGCUAAUUUAGAAAAUAAAACAAAAAUCAAUUCAAGGAUUCAUACUGAUUCAAAAGUUGUAUACAUCGAAGAACACAAAAGUCUCUUGUAUUAAAAUAACAUUACAUUUUUUAUAAUUAUUAAAUUUCACAAAUCAUGUUUUAUUGUUUUACAAUAUUAGCAUCAAAACUUCCUGUUAGAAAAUUCAAGAUUCAUUAAAAAAAAUGUUUUUGAAAGAUUAUAACACUUAAUUAAAAACUUCCUGUAAUGUUAUUUACAAAUGUAACUUCUCUAAAUAAAUAAGUAAAUAAAUAA